AUGUGCGACACUUCGGGGGAGAUUUUCUCAAAUGGUCAAGUUGAUGAAGUAGCUGCUGAAAACUUUGGUGUGGAUCAACCUCAAUUCAAUGAAGAAGCCUCAGUGCUAGCCAGUGAUCAACCAAAAGCCAACGCCGAAGCUCAGUCGUUUGGGGAUGAUGGAACAGCUGAGGAAGCUGAAAUCACACACGACGCUCUCAAACAACUAUUUGGCAGAAAUAUUGUAGAUGUGGCAAAUCACUUUGGAGUUUGUGUAUCUACUGUGAAACGCAAAUGUCGAAAGUAUGGUAUAGACAGGUGGCCACCCCACAAGAGAAACAAAGGCAAUUGCAUCAAAUCAAAUCCAAUGCUGCCAAAUAAUACCGAGCCUGCAAAUCCUUUACCAAGUCCAAAGGGUAAAAGUAUUACUGCAACUGAAGAUGAGGAGAUCGAUGGAAUUUACAGCAUGAUAGUAAAGGCAACCUACAGAAAAGAUAAUGCCAUGUUUCCUUUGUGCAGUGACUCGGGGAUUGAAGAAUUGCGCAAAGAAUUGUACAAAAGGUUUGAGUUAAAAGAUGAGAAGAUCAAAAUACGGUACAAGGACGAGACGGGUGAUUUGAUCAUCAUUUCCUGCAACGAAGAUCUGGAAUUUCGCAUGAGAACAUUAAGAAAAUCCGGGAUUACUGUAAUGAGGCUAUCAGCUUCUCUAGUGACAAAGUGA